AUGACUGCGACGCAGACAGAAGAACUUCAAGGGGCCGGCUUUUACCCUACGAGCGGACAGAAGGCCAUGGCAGGAACUUUCGAGCAUCAAACAAGUUCACCGUUGACAGAGGGACCGAUCGUGAUCGAAACAGUAGAUCGCUUCAAGAUAAAGAGACGUCGGGGUCUCGGGAUCUUUCUUACACCAGUGGAUACAGAAAGUUUGGCUAAUAUCAUACAAUGGAGAGUAUUGGAGAAAGAUAAACUUACCGGGAUUAUCGUUCCGGCAACAAAGCAUCUCGCUGGAUUCAACCUUGCGAGUAUGACGACCCAGGGAGAGAUUUUGCUACUCACGAACGCUAAAGGGGUAAUGAAAACAACUCUCUUAGAAGUAGUAGAUGGCGAUAAAGGAUACAAUAUUAUCCUGGUAAGGCCAUGGUUGCACGAUAUGAAAGUCGUACCUUCGACAUAUCACCAAUUGCUGAAGUUUCCAAUGCCCGAAGGAAUCAAACAAAUAAGAGGCGAGCAACUAACAGUAAGAGAGACGAAUGCAAUCUUAGUUUCCAGUAGCAAAGGAAAGGAACACAAAGCAUAG